UUUUCAUCUUGCAAGGCUUGACUCUUUCAUGUAGUUGCAUCCAGUACGAAGACGACAUUACCAAGGCAACGUCUCGUGGGCCUUGCGCAGCGGCAUGCAGAGAAGAAGGCAACGCCUGCAGCAGUAGUCUUAUCACCAUUGAGCUUCCCGCACCAUGGGAUAUCCGUGCAACUGCAGUCGAGCACUGACGGGCGAACAUGGGGAUCUAAUUUCCAUCCCAGACGUUGCUGGAAUAGGAGUGAGGCGUCCCCCACCCCAUUUAAAGUAAUAGUUUGCCGUUGUUGAUCCUACUGAUCACAAAAGCGUAGGUUCUUAUCGGGUUGACCUUGCCUGCACUGGCCACGUUCGUACUGCUCGUGGUCUAUUACCUCUCUGCCGUCGACCCCAACCAGUUGGACAUAUGGACGAAGCUCGAUGUCUCGUUCCUGAGGUGGCUACAUGCCAAGCGGCCCAAUUGGCGCACAAAUGGAGAUGCGCUUGAGAGAAUCAUUGUUAGUUUCAGCGACGCUCAGCUGGUAAACGCCUUUUCUCUCCUUCUGGGGGCGUUUACUAUGGGGUGUAGUAUGGACCCCUAUCACUGGCAGAUCAUGGUAGAGUGCGUCUGGUUCACAUCAGCCACACACUUGGCGACCAUCCCGAUCCUGAGAGCCCAGCUCCACAAGCUUGAACCCGAGGCCAGUCGGCUUUCGAUUUAAAUUAGAGCUGCACUCAUGACUUUUGUGCUUGCGAUGUUGGUCUCUUCGCUCGUCCCAACAGGUCAUCCCCAGUGGCUUUGGGGGUCAUACGCCCAUCCUUCCGAGGGAAUGACACUUCCAGCGCUCUGUUUCUUCGACUACAAUUUCCCGCAAGAAUCCGGGCCAUAUGCAGCCCGUAUGACUGCAUUUGGUGGAAUUUGGCUCUCUUGGUCUAUCGGCCUGGCCACCAUCACCUUCCUUAAACGGCUGCUCGAGCUUGUAACGCGGCCCAUGAGGAAACGCGCUCUUGCACACCAAUCCACAUCGAGGGACGAGUUUCGUAAAUGGAAUCACUCCAUGGAUAAGAACAUGAGAAAAUACCCUAUCAUUGACUUUUUCUGGUAUUCAACUCACGCGACCCUGCGAACCGUGUGGAGAUUGCUGGAGUCCUUUGGUGGGCAUAUAUUCUGGCUUUUCAUAAUGCUAUCGUGGAAUAUCUAUCUCGUGGUGUACAACAAAUGGUUCUUCAGAGACUUGAUUGAGGCCGGAGACAACAAAUGGGGCUUUGGGCAAACCACGCCACUAGUUCUUUUAAUUCUCCCUGCAAUUACCAUCGUCGAACAGUAUUUUGCUAAGAGGAAUGGUUCUAAAACAAAGUGGCCGACGAACAAAUUCCAGUUACCGCAGCCGCUCAUCGGCAAGACAUACGACGAGUCCACCCGCAUCACAGUUUUCCUCAUCUUUGAGUUCUUGGUCAUAUUUUCCCUGUUGGCGUGGCUCAAUUUCGUCUCCGUUGUUACAUACGCCGUGUCAGAUUCAGGGGUCACCUUCAUGAUCCCAUUCCUUGUGUGUCUGCUGGCUGCGCCACUGGUGUUUACGCACGUUAUUCAUUUGGCUGAUAACAUAUUCAAAGGCAUGAAGCUGCGCAAGAACACAUGGCGGAAUGCGAUUGUCGCUGCUCUUGUUGCACUUGGUAUUGGGGCUUCCAUUUGUGUAUUCUUUCUGCACGAGUACAAAGAAUUCUGGUAGCCUGGGAGAUGACUGAUGACGCACAGUCUUCGAACUACUAGCUCAAAACAAUGCAUAGUGGAGAAGGCAGAAUCCCAUGCAAAAUCAUCGAAGGUACGAG